CAUAGGUGAUUGUUUUUUACGUAUAGGGAAUUAAUGGGGUUCCAUAAUUCCAUUCAAAGUUUUGUAUUAUUUACUAUUCAAAUUGAGCCCCUUUGAUAGUAAAAUUAUCCCCAGCAUUAACAAUGGGAAGGAAAGACCCGCUGCGCAGCUCAGAGGACGGGGCCAGUGCCAGGCACCCAUUGCAGAUGAGCAUGGUGAAUACCCCGGAGGAAAGGGAUGAAGACGAAGAAGUUCACCCCGAAGCUAACUCUAGUUACACCACUAGAGAGGAGAAUCAUGAACGAGGAGCUACCGAUUUCAAGGUUGACAUACCAACCUUUGAAGGGAGGAAUGAUCCGGAUGACUUUCUAGAGUGGCUAGAAACUGUUGAGCGCGUCUUUGACUUCAAUGAUGUGCCCGAAGAUAAGAAAGUCAAGAUUGUGGCAUUGAUGUUCCGGAAUGGUUAUUACAUUCUGCCUUCUUUCUACCAAUCACCCAACCGCCCUUCGUUUCAAACCCAUCCACCUUAUCACCCACAUCAGUACGCAUAUGGUGAUGACUACCAAGUCAACAAUGGGUCUGACUACUAUCCUUACCAUGAGGAAAACCCAUAUGAUACCCCGUCUAGAAACUUUGGAUAUUCUCCAUACCAAGAUUCUGAUACGGAUAAUUAUUAUGAACCUCAUGGCGACCAAGAUGACUCUGACCAAUCUGGGCCUAUGAGCGACGAUCAAUCUGAUCCACUCGUCAAAGAGAUCAUAAGAUUAGAACAGAAAAUUUUCUAUUUCGACGAGGUUUUAUUCGCUAAAGGCUCCUGGUAUGAACCACCUUACUGCUGUGACUACACUUUGUUUGCUGAAGAACAAAUUGAAGCAAACAAGGUGGCAAUUCGAGAAAGAGCAAAACUUCUUGAAUUUGUCCGGAAGGAAAAGGAGUUCGAUAGGAGAUUAUGCGAAGGAUCAGAAAUGAUGCAGAAAAUGCUGGACGACUUUCAAAGAGAGAGACUAGAAGCUGAGUCUAAAGCCGAUAAAUUAGUCAAUGAUCUCUGUAUGGCUGUUGAACUUAAACGCUUCCUCCAAUCUCAAGAUCAAAUGAGGGAAAUUAAUGCUCAAAAAGAGGCUCUAGAACCUAAGACCAACCCUGAAACAUUCAACCAUCAGGUUCUAGUUCUAGAAGAUUCACCUAGUUUUACACCAUCACAGAAACCCGAGAGCAUAACAACUCUCGCUAGGGCUACUGUGGUAAUGUUACCUGAAUACCCUCCUAGCCAAGUCCCAACCAGCAUAGUCGUACAUGAGGUGGAACCAACUGAGGGACCUGACUCAGAACCACUUACGCUCAUUCAAGAAAAGGAGGAGGAAGUUCUGCCUACGGCAAUAAACGACCAUCUCCUUAAUUGUGUUGAAGACACACCUCCAGAGGAACCUGUUCUGGAGGAAGUAGAGCCCAUCACCUGCCCCCAAGAUAUCAAUGUCCAAGUGUCUGAGCAGGAAUCUAUAGACGAGGAAUUACUCCGCAUGGAAAAGCAAUCUCCGCUUAUAGAAACCUGUGUACAUAACGCUUUAUCUGAAGAUUCAGACCAUACCUUCUUUGACUCCCUACUUGACGGGUGCGACUAUGUCUGCUCGAACGAUGGUUGGAGCCAAAAGAGUUGGGAUGAACUUCUGGUAAGUGACACUGAAGACUCAUCCGCGGGGAAAAGCAUGGUCGUAAUCAUUAAACCACAAAUGGAUAGUCAGCCAAUUGAAGAUAAGGAAGGCAUCAAUUUCGCAAUCAAAGCUAAUGAUAUGGAUCAAUUGAGGAGACUUCCACCACCACCCACCUAUACAAAGUUUCCUCCAUAUAUCCUGUUGCCGUCAAGCCACAGGGAUGAGUCAAGGAUCUUGGACCUUGACCGAGCAAAAACUCAAAUAAGGUGGCAUCAGAAGAGAGUCAAAAGGAUGGAUAUUGCUUGGAUGAUCCCGCAUGGAAACUGCCGCACAUUACGGAACCUGGAAGAGCUCCCCUUGCACUCAGAAGAAGCAAAGAAGAAGUUUCUUACUUGGGGAAACAUGAAGAUGCUCCAGCCUCCCAUGGUGCUAGACCCUGCCUAUCUGGAUGAACUGGGGCACUGGCAGGACAUUGAUGAGUUGCUGUACGACCCAAAAUGGAUGAUCCUGCUAUUCCUGCAUGCACCAGCUAGCAUGGAAGUCACCAUCGAGUUUCUUUGCUCUCUCCGCUUCCUCAAUGACGGAGAGGAAGUAAAGUCAGCAGCUGAAGUUACCUCCACCACCAAGGUCACAUUCACUCUGAUGGGACGACUUCUGAACCUUACUGUGGCAGACUUGGGGUGGCUGAUUGGUCUUUACACGGUUGAUGAAACGCGGAGCCUGGCCUUUGCUAAUCUGCCCGACCAGUUGGAUCUGGAGUUUGAUGUUAAGAAGUUCUGGCAAGCUCACGGGUAUGGACGAGAUCACAGCGGAGCAAGCAUAGCUAGGAAUUGGGUGCGUCCGUCUUGGAGAAUUUUACACCAUGCAUUGACUCAUAGCUAUUUCGGCCGUUCCCACGGCCCUGACGUGGUGUUUGAUUCUGAUAUGCUAUUUUUCUGGAGUCUGGAAGCACGCGUACCGGUCAAUCUAGCAACUUUUGUGGCUCGAUUCCUAUUUGCUCAGUCAACUUACAACCACCGGUUUGUCUUAAGUGGGCCAAUGGUUACGCUUCUGGCCCGAGGAUUAUGUAUGACAGUCCCCGAUGUUCUCCAGAAGCUGCAAGCAUCUCCGACCACCAACAGGGAUUCUGUGGACUCUAGCUUGAGGAGCAUGGAGAAGCUCCUUCUUACGCAACAAUGGCAGGUGGAGGAAAUACUUGAAUACACCCGGGAGCAAGGAACAAAGAAAGCCGAGCAUAAGGAAGAUGUUUCCAAUGGAACUGAUAAUCGAUUGUGGGGAGUGAUAAUCGAUUAUUUGGCAGUGAUUCUGGACAGGAAGAAAGGCGUUUUUGCAGGGAAUGGGUUGGAAAUAUAUGGGGCUGAUGAGGGAGUUCUUUUGGGUAUUUUUAAUGGAAGAAAAGAGUAAGAUUAAGAGGAGAAAUGGGGAGGUAUGAAAUGGAAGAAAAUCAGAGAUGGAUAAACCAAGUUGGUGUUUAAGAGAUAUUACACACUCUUAUCCUAACUUGGGGUUUGAAUCUAGAAUUUAAUUAAGAUAUGACACACUU